CCUCGUUCCACCGCUCCGAUGUUGCCGGUCUGUCAUCGGCGCAAGGACAUUUAUCAUCAAUACCCUCCCAUGCAGGCCUGGGCUCGCCGGGCAUCGUGGUAAACACAGGGUCCAAUCCUCGCGCCGAACGCCGCCCUCAGACCACCCUCGAACUGAUCCGCACCUUGUCCCCUUUAUUAUUACGCGACCUCAGAAACACAGAGAAGACCCUGACUGCGCCGCAAAACAGUGUCGGAAAGAAAACACGCGGUGGCAUGCAAGUCAGUGCCAUUAUGUUAGACUUAGGGAAGAGCAUAAGGCGUGCUCGGACAAGAAUCCCCAUCCUGUGACGGCCACCUCGACCAGCCACGACAACAUACAGAGAUGGUUGAGCUCCAAGCAGAGCCGGCCUUCAGCCGACUCGAGGCCCAUUGGAAUGGAGGGCUCAUUGCUGCGUCCAUCGCAGUCUCCCUCUUGGGUGCCUUCACCUCCACUCAGAUGAUGUGUCAAGCACGGACCUCGCGAUACUUCUCAGGCGUCUUGGUUUGGACUAUCCUAGGCAGCUUGACCUUCGGCUUCUGUUCCAUUUGGUGCCUCCACUUCAUCGCCAUGUUGGCCUGCGAGCUUCCGCUUCCGAUCGGGUUGAACGUCCCAUUGACGGUUUUAAGCGCAGCUCUGGCGGUCAUAUUCACUUUCCUGGCAUUAGCCGCAGACCUUAUGCGCGAUCGUUAUCUGCGCUUGGUCAAGAAGAGCAGGAUAAGAGCCCUCAGACGAGAGAGGAAGAAGGAAGCAGCAGCCGCAAGGCAGGAUCUCAAUGACAGCUCAGAUGCUCUUCUGGGAACACGGGUUUCGGGCGAAGGUGAGGAGGUACAGGGCAUUACGCCGGAGCAUCCCAAUGGCCCUGCCGACCACAGUCCUCCGAGUCGGGACAGCAUGACCCUGGGGCUCUUGGAGGAUCAUUUCACUGGCGGUGCGCCUGCUACCAGCACAACCAUAGAAUCAUCUCGAUUGCCUCACCGUCUCCAACCCUCCGUCGGAGCUGAUCGACAACCUUUCUCCGCGCAAAACGAAUCCCCUCUAGAGGACGACUCUACUCGCGACACUGAAAGUUACCAAAGGAGCUCGGAAGAAGGGGAGCGUUCGCGACGGUCUUCGACUACAAAUCAUUCGGACGGCAGCAGCCUUGGCCUCCCUGGCUUCAUGAGCUUCAAAUUUAGGAAGAGUAACACUACCACCACGACGAAUGUUCUGCUCGGGAUCGGUGAGCUGCUGUACCAUGGCGCGACUAUGAUAAACUUUUGCAAGGGCUUCAUAUGGAGCUUGGCAAUUACCACCAUGCACUAUGUUGGCAUAUUGGCUUUGGAAAUCCCCAGAGGCCACGUUACGCUUCACCCACUCAUCGUCCUUCUCUCGGCGUCGAGCAGUUGGCUGGUCUGCACCUUGGGAUGUAUACUGAUGCCCCAAAUUGAGGUCAACCUAUCCCAGCAACUCAUUUUCUCGAUAGUAGCAGCGGCGGGAGUUGCCGCCAUGCAUUUUACGGGAAUGUGGGCGACUACCUUUUGGUCCCAGGCCACCCCGACGGCCGAACGUGGGUAUCCCCCAGACCUAGCAAUCGCCGUCACCAGCAUCGCUAUUCUCACCUGCUUGCUUGCAAACGGUCUUCUUGCGCACUCGGCGACGGUGGCUCGAAAUAAGCUGGCUGAAAUUGUCCACACUCGAAGAAAACUCUGGGCCGCAAUUGCUCAAAAAGAAAAUGCGGAAGCAGCUGCAGCUGUAAGGAGCGAGUUCAUAGCAAGCGCCAGUCAUGAGAUCCGGACGCCUUUACAUCAGCUACAGGGUUACAGUGACCUGCUAUCGCGCACAGAACUGAGCGAAGAAGCUCGUCUCCUCCUCCUUGCCAUACAGCAAGCGACAAGAUCGCUCUCCAUGAUCACGGCUAACGUCCUUGACUGGUCUCGCUUAGAGAAAGGAGAAGCUGUCUGUCGACCAACCAGCCUCGAUCUCCGCAAAGUGUGUGAGUCUAUCCUGGCGAUUUUGCCCAACAAGGACGAGGAGUUUGGCACUGAGUUGAUGAUUGUCGUGGCGCCGCAAGUGCCAGCCUCACUUUUCCUGGAUGAGACUUAUCUACAGCGGAUCCUGAUGAACUUGCUUACAAACGCUCUGAAGUUUACGCAAUCUGGAUACGUACUUCUCCUCGUGGAAAUCAAGGACAUGGACUUGGCUAUCACCGUUAGAGAUUCCGGCUUUGGCAUACCCGAGUCAUUUUUGCCCCAUCUUUUUGAACCAUUCAAGCAGGCCCAAACCCGAGGCGCUGAGCGAGGGACUGGUCUCGGCCUGGCAAUCAUCAGGCAACUACUACAGAAAAUGGAAGGGACAAUUGCUGUGGAGAGCAAAUCCCACCAGGCAGAUAAUGUGGGAGCUGAAAAAUCCGGCAGUACCUUCACUGUCACCAUUCCACUUCAUCUGUCAGCCGAUACGCCGGACGCCUUGAGCUCUCAUGUUCCCAAUCGGCGGAUUGCGCUCCUGCAAGACUGCAAUGCUCGAUUUACGGAAGGACUGCAACUAGCUUGGAGAGCAUUUGAUUUCGAUUUAAUCCGAGUAGAUCCAGAUGAUGAGAUAUCGGACUCUUUCGGUUAUAUCUGGACAGACCUGGUGUUUCUGACCAGCCACCCAAAGCUCCUAGGGCGAAUAUUUGACCUUCGACACCAACUUGUUAUCUUGUCAUAUGACUCCCAAACACUGCUCGACGAAUCGUUGGGCUCUGUCCCUCCGCCGCACGUCAUACCGGUCAGAAGACCAUUCCUGUGGCAUCGCAUGGUCGAGAGCAUAGUUUCGGCAGCUCGUACUGGUAGGUCGUCCAUAGAUCGAUCCGUCAGGUUUGCCCCUGUUGUCGAUGUGGUGGACGACAACCAAGACUCGCGGCCAACCCACGAGACCAAGACGCUGAGCGGCGCAACGGUGCUAUUGGUGGAAGACAACAAAAUCAACCAGAAGCUCGGGGUGAAGAUGCUGAAUACGCUUGGCUACAAUGUCAUCGUGGCAGAUGAUGGGCUAGAAGCCAUCGAUAAGCUUGUCGAGCACGACCAUGAUAUCGACAUAAUCCUGAUGGACCAGUCGAUGCCACGGAUGGAUGGCAUCACCGCGACAAAGAGAAUUCGAGAGCUGGAGAGCCAGGAACUACUUGGGCCACUUUCUCGCACCAGGCGGCCCAUCAUUAUGGUCACAGCCGUCGUUGGCCCUGAUGCCCAAGCGCUUUGCAUGUCGGCAGGUACAGACGCAUUUCUUCCGAAGCCGCUGGCAAUGUCGAAGCUCGAGCACACGUUGAAGAAGUUCCUUGGCUGAAAAUACUGGUCGUGUGAACGAUGCUGUGUCCAACUCCUGGGGAGACUGGGCGAAGUCCAAUUUUACCCAUCCUUCCCACCUGGCCCUUGAGCAGCUCACGCCUUCUCAAUCAGCGAGGAAUAUAGAGCACUCUUCCCGUGAGGCUUGCGUAGGAAAGUUGCAAAGGGGCAGCAGCUUUUUGCAGCAGCGUGAAGGUAUUCCAGACCAUUUUCUGGUUCGAUCACGGACGCCCAGAAACACCCGAAUCUGGCUUUUGUUUAGGACAGCAAACUGUCGAAAUAAAAGCGACUUCAGACGGGGAGAGGAAGAUCGUGCAAGGGAAACCUUGCAGCAAAGAGUUUAGCUGGGGCAAAAGAUACUGGGUUUUAGCAUUGGGUUGCAGGGUCAGCUGGUCAACACGAACAUAGAGACGGACUAUACCUAGGAUAUGGAAACCUGGGGCGGUCGGGUUCCUGUGCCCAAUCCGGCCCCCUUGAGAGAUCCAAUUACGAAAUCAAAAAGCCCUUUUUACCCAACUUGAAACUUGUCAUGGGUGCCAUGUGAUGCAUUUGCACGGAC